CUUAUUUACCCGAUAUAAUGAAGAAAACGCGAGGAAGGAAAUACGAUCCGUGUCGUCUCAAGCAUGAGCUUUCUGGCUGGGAAGUGUACACGUUGACACUUUAUAUGCACGUAGACAUAGGCCACAGACUAGGCCUAAUACUUAGUCUCUCAUAAACCUUGCUGUUUUCGCCUUUUUAAGUUGCUUAAAGGCCUUCUGCCUAAUUGUGUUUCUGCGAAGGUCAUGAUGAAGAUGAUUGUCUUGUUGCUAGUAUGUUUGUUGCCUGUUGCUAAGGCUGAGAAAUUCACUGCAAUUGUUGAGCUUAAAAAUUCUGUAUAUAUUGAGAACAAUAUGGUUCAGCAGUUAAAUAGUUAUAUCGAAGCGGAAGAAAAGAAAAUAGAGCAUUUGAAACUAAUGGCCACUAAACUUAACAGGGUAAGCAAGGAGGCAGUGGAGGAUCCUGAGCACUACCUAGGUCAUCCGGUCAACAGCUUCCUGCUCAUUAAACGCUUCCAUUAUGAUUGGCAGGAAAUUGAGACUUUCAUCCGAAUGGAUGAACCACGUACAGAUUACAUAGCCAACAUCUCUACAUACAAAGAUUCUAUACCAUCAGUGGAAGAUGUUGAGGGCGCCGCUCUAGCCUUGUUGAGACUGCAGGAUACGUACAGGUUGCCAACAUCAGCUAUUUCAAAUGGAACCAUUAAGGGUACUUGGGACACAGAACCACUUUCUGCCUCGGAGUGCUUCGAGAUUGGACGUGCAGCCUACAAUGAGGAUGACCAUUACCACAGCGUACUCUGGAUGCAGGAGGCUUAUAAAAAGAUGAUGAAUGAGAAUAAGCCUGAUGUUCAGAAAAUUACAGUCUUAGACUACCUAGCUUAUUCAACAUACAUGCAAGGAAAUACCGAAGCUGCCAUGGGUGUGACGGAUCUGCUUCUUCAAUUAGACAAUACACAUGAACGAGCACUCAGCAACAAAGAAUAUUUUACUAAUGAGUUAAAGAAACUAGAAAAGAAACAAGGAGAAAACGGAAAAGAUCCUGAUGGAAAAGAUGGCCUCAUGGAUAUUCCCCCUGGGGACAGGCCAUUGACAUCUUUAGAUGAACGAGAACGUUAUGAAGCCCUUUGUCGGGGUGAUUCAAAUGCAGUCAAGGUGCAAGGGAAACCAUGGCAACUGCGGUGUUUCUAUACGCAUAACAACGCACCGAGAUUACUACUCAGUCCCAUCAAGACUGAAGUUGUUUUCAAAAAUCCAACUCUUAUAUAUUAUCAUGAUAUUCUAUCAGAAUAUGAGGUUGAAGUCAUCAAAUCACUAGCAUUGCCUAAGCUAAACAGAGCCACUAUACAAAAUCCCAAAACAGGUGUUUUGGAAUUUGCUAACUACCGUAUAAGUAAAAGUGCCUGGUUGAAAGGCAUUGAACACAAAGUCGUUGAAACCGUCAAUAAUCGUAUACAAGACGUAACCGGUUUAACAAUGGAGACAGCUGAGGAAUUACAGGUAGUGAACUAUGGUAUAGGAGGACAUUAUGAACCUCAUUUUGAUUUUGCAAGGAAAGAAGAAGUGAAUGCGUUUAAAGAUCUUGCAACUGGUAACCGAGUUGCCACACUUCUUUUCUACAUGAGCGAUGUUGAAGCUGGAGGUGCAACAGUAUUUACUGAAGUUGGUGCCAGGAUGUUGCCGAUCAAGUAUUCAGCAGCAUUUUGGUACAAUCUGUUCAAAUCAGGGGACGGAGAUAUGUUGACUCGGCACGCUGGCUGCCCGGUUCUUGCUGGUUCUAAGUGGGUUAGCAACAAAUGGAUUCACGAAUAUGGUCAGGAAUUCCGACGCCCCUGCAGUCUUUCUCAACAUGAAUGAUACACAAGUCCAAAGACGGGUUAUUUUUGUACGCACUUUAACUGUAGAUUCUAAUUACCACCAUGCAAAAUUUGUAGAUUUAAUAUUAUGUGUUAUUUUUUCUAUAUUAAUUUGUCAUGAGUAUACAAAUGGAAACAUUUUAUAAUGAAAUAUUACUUGGAAAUUUACUCAGCUUUUCAUAAUUUAUGCUUGUUUACACCUUUUGUAAUUAUAUCCCUACUAUUCAUCAAAAGCAAAAUAGUUAACACAAAAUGUGAAAAUGUUAGAAAACAAGAUUAAAAUAUUUUGACUGAGACAACAAGAAGGUGGUUUCACUAAAAGUUUCAGUUAUCUGUAGCAGAGGUCCCAAGUUGGAAGAAACCACUUCCAGGAGAUCUGUUUGUGCUUUCUUCAUUAAAUUUUACGACGCAUGGUGAUAAUACCCAUAGACAGCCUUAUUUCCAAGAGACAAUUGUUAAUGUAUUAUUAAAAACAUGUAAAUACUUUGAAUUUGCAGGGUAAUUUUCUUUCUUGCAGGUGGCUAUAUCAAUUUCUGGGAGACUUGGGACCCCUUACAUGAUUCUUGUUACAUUUUUAUAUAUUUUUUUACAUACAUGUUAGAUUCAAUAGUUAAAUUUUGAGAGACAAUAUCAACCUUGAUGGUUUGGUUAAAAAGUUUAAUGAGGAAUGAAUUAAAUAAAUUUGAGGUUGAAGGUGUAGUUAAGUGUGUUAACCACAUACUUGCCAAAGUAGUAUAAGUAAGCAAUACUGUAAAUGUACAAAUCUCCUUUAAUAAUUGAAAUAUGCUUUUUGUACAGUGUGCUAAAAAGGCCUCCAAGCCAUUGUUCUUGUCAUUUUAGAUUGAUCCAUUUUAUACUGUAGCAAAGUAGUGAUUUAAACGUUUUUGGCGUAGUGCCUCAUUCAUAUUUAAUACAUCAAUCAUUGAUUCUUGUUUGGAUUAACAUUAAUUAUUUAACUGCGUAAUGAAAAAUAGAAUUACAAUUUCUAAACAAUUAUUUACAUACUUAAAUGAAGUGGUUUAAAUUAUUACUAAAAGUUCAUGUUCCAACAUUCGCUAUAAGAGUUCGCUAUAAAAUUUUAGCCCAUGUGUCACAGUAGUUUUAAAGCAAAUUAUUAUUAUUUUUGGUGCUAUUCAAGCUUUAUCAAUAAAUGUACACAAAGAAUGAAAAUAAA